AUGGCAGCAUGGCUCAGCCGCCUGUCUCUGGGUGACGCCUGGUACAACAUGUACUCUCGUCUGCUGAGGACCAAACCUGUGGGCUCCAUGGCUCAGAGCGCUGACGACCUCACCGAGCUCGGGGGGGGCUCAGGGGUCGGCCUCGCCAAGGUCCUGACCACCGUGGACUUGGUGUCGCUCGGAGUGGGUAGCUGUGUCGGCACAGGGAUGUACGUGGUCGCUGGGCUGGUGGCUAAGGCGAUGGCUGGGCCUGGAGUCAUCCUGUCUUUUAUCAUUGCAGCAGUGGCAUCCAUACUGUCAGGGGUGUGCUAUGCAGAGUUUGGAGUAAGAGUACCGAAGACGACCGGCUCGGCCUAUACCUACAGCUACGUGACAGUAGGCGAGUUUGUGGCAUUUUUCAUUGGCUGGAAUCUGAUCCUGGAGUACCUGAUCGGCACGGCGGCGGGGGCGUCGGCUCUCAGCAGCAUGUUCGACUCUCUGGCCAAUCACAGCAUCAGUAACUACAUGAUAACACACCUGGGCACACUCAGAGGACUCGGUAAAGGAGAGGACACUUACCCCGAUCUCCUGGCCUUGUUUAUUGCCCUCCUCGUCACUGUGAUCAUUGCUCUCGGGGUUCGUAACUCUGUGGGUUUCAACAACGUCCUUAACGUGAUCAACCUGGUGGUGUGGGUCUUCAUGGUCAUCGCAGGACUCUUCUUCAUCUCCGCCAGCAACUGGGAGAGCGGGAAGUUCCUGCCUUACGGCUGGUCCGGGGUGAUGCAAGGGGCGGCGACUUGCUUCUAUGCCUUCAUCGGCUUCGACAUCAUCGCAACAACAGGUGAAGAGGCGAAGAACCCAAACACCUCCAUACCGUACGCCAUCACCGCUUCACUGGUCACCUGCCUCACUGCCUACGUGUCGGUGAGUGUGAUCCUGACUCUGAUGGUUCCUUAUAACCUAAUUGAUGGCUCCGCUCCUCUCAUGGAGAUGUUUGCGGUUCAUGGCUUCCUGUGGGGGAAAUACACAGUGGCAGCAGGCUCUAUAGCUGGACUCACCGUCUCUCUGCUUGGCUCAUUGUUCCCCAUGCCCAGAGUCAUCUACGCCAUGGCCAGAGAUGGGCUGCUGUUCAGGUUUUUGUCUCACGUAUCAGCCCUCACCCACACUCCUGCCGUGGCCUGUGUGGUGUCGGGGAGCUUCGCGGCCCUCCUGGCUCUCCUGGUGAGCCUCAGGGACCUGAUUGAGAUGAUGUCCAUUGGCACCCUGCUGGCUUACACUCUGGUCAGCGUGUGUGUUCUCUUACUUCGAUACCAGCCGGACGAACAAACCGACACUCACCAGUUUAUCUCUGAAGAUGACAUGGAUGGUCUGAAGCACCAGGAUGAUGCCGCCAUCCCCACCAAAGACAAUCACAUGUUAAUCGGAGACUCAGAUGGUGAUGGUUCAUCGUCUUACCACGCUGGACGGACUGAAGGUGAAGGAGACGACUCUGAUUUCCACACAGGCCACGCAUCUCUGCUGAAAAAACUUCUGGGAGGUCAUUACUACACUCUGCGUCUACGGCUGGGGAUGCCGGAUGCGUCGGCUCGUCCUACUCCUGCCACUGGCCGCAUUGUGACUCGAUGCACCCUCCUCCUCUUCUUCACAUCCUUCUUCCUCUGGUCCACUGUUAUAUUUGGUGUUGAGCAGGGCUCAGGGGCGGGGGCCGUGUUUUCGGGACUCCUGGCCACGCUGAUGGCGGGGUCUUGGGUGAAGCUUCUAAUUACUAUCAUACAGCAGCCAGAGAGCUCGAGGAAACUGCCUUACAUGGCGCCUUGUGUUCCCUUCAUCCCUGCGGCGGCCAUAUUGGUCAACAGCUACCUCAUGCUCAAGCUGUCUCCUCUGACCUGGGCCAGAUUCACUCUCUGGUGCUUCAUAGGUCUGCUGAUCUACGGCUGUUACGGAGUGUGGCACAGCACCCUGGAGCUUAACGCCCGGGAGCAGCAGGCGCACGCCAGCUCCUACCAGCGCUACGACGACCACCUGGAUGACACCUUCUCCCCUGAUGACAACCUUUACCCCCAGGACCAGGAUGACAGGCCCUACCAGGGCUGGUCAGCCCCAGAGGAGAGAGGAUACCCGUACCAGCAGCAGCAGAACCAGUACCAGCAAGAGAAGCAGUAUGAGGAGCUGGAAGGAGAGGAGCAGCAGGGCCAGUAUGAGGAGAAUGGGGACCAGUAUGGGUACCAGUCUGCACCAGGAGGCCAGUAUGAGAGCAGAGGAGGCAGAACCAGAGGACGGACCAAUUAUGGCUUUGAUGCAGAUGAAGAAGAGGUCUGA